AUGACUUUAUCUGUUGAAGAAGCUGCAAAUUUGAAAAAACAUCCACUAGAAAAGGCUGUGUCUAUGUUACCAAGCGGAAAGAGACCGAAGUUGAGAUUAGUCGAAAGUGAAUACACACAGAAGAAGAGUUCCCCGGUACCUGAGCAAAGUAUUAACAAUAAGAACACGGUAGAGAUAGAAUCAAAUACCAAAUCUAUACAUGAUAAAAGUGUGGAACCAUUAAGACCAAUACCGCCAAAGAAAACUGUCCUUCUGGGCAAGAAUCCGUUGUCAAACAAGUGGGUGCUUCCACAUUUUACACAAGAUGACACAAUAAAUGCUCGAAUGUACCUCAAAUAUUAUGGUUCAAAGAAAUUCUUAGAUGCGUACUUACCUAAUGAAUUAAACUCAUUAUAUCUUUAUUAUUUGAUCAAGCUUCUUGGAUUUGAAUGUAAGGAUAGAGAUUUGUUAAGGUCAAUUUACAAAAAUGUCGAACCAAAAGAUGCAAACACUAAUGUGAAACUAUCUUAUGUUGAUCCCACAGAUUCGUUAGAAAAGAAAUAUAUUGUGCGAUUAAUAAAAGAUCUACAGAAGGCUAUCGGCAAAGUACUUGCUACAAGGUUAAAAUUACCCUAUUUUUCCACACUAGAUAAUUUUGUUGACAAACUAAAGAAUUCCAAGAAAGUUUUAGUCCUAACUGGUGCCGGUGUUUCCACGUCUCUAGGUAUUCCUGAUUUCAGAUCCUCGGAAGGGUUCUAUUCUAAGAUCAAACAUCUGGGGUUAGAUGAUCCCCAAGAUGUAUUUAAUUAUGAAAUAUUCAUGCAAGAUCCUUCGGUAUUUUAUAAUAUUGCUAAUAUGGUUUUACCGCCUGAAAAUAUUUAUUCACCAUUACACAGUUUCAUUAAGGUGCUUUAUGACAAGGGAGAACUGCUCCGAAAUUACACUCAAAACAUCGAUAAUUUGGAAUCAUAUGCAGGUAUUCCUGCCGAAAAGUUAAUACAAUGCCAUGGUUCCUUUGCAACAGCAUCAUGUGUUACCUGUCAUUGGCAUUUACCUGGGGAGAAAAUCUUUGAAAAUAUUCGAAACUUGGAGUUACCAUUAUGUCCAUAUUGUUACGAAAAAAGAAAACAAUAUUUUCCAACUUCAACAUCUUUAUUCCCAGAUGAAGAAGUUGAAGAAUAUCCAACGAAUGGGAAAGCUCUAAAAUCAUAUGGUGUAUUAAAACCAGAUAUUACAUUCUUUGGAGAAGCCUUACCUUCAAAAUUCCAUGAAAGCAUUCGCGAAGACAUAUUGCAAUGUGAUUUGUUAAUCUGUAUCGGUACAAGUUUAAAGGUUGCACCUGUUUCUGAGAUUGUUAAUAUGCUUCCGGCCAGUGUACCGCAAGUAUUGAUUAACAGAGAUCCUGUCAGACACGCGGAGUUCGAUUUAUCACUUCUUGGAUAUUGUGACGAUAUCGCUGCUCUUGUCACAGAGAAAUGUGGGUGGGAAAUUCCUCAUAAGAAAUGGGCUGAACUAAAGAAGAAGAAGUACACUUGUACGGAAAAGAGUAGAGGCGUAUACGAUGUUGUUGCAAAACCCCCAAUGGAGAGUUAA